GUUUGAUGUGAAUUUCGAGACAAGUUUCUCGAAUUUUGAAACGGAAAGUGGGCAUGACUUUCGAUUAUUGGUGUUUUCAAAUCAAGCAUGCAAACUGUUCAACAAGCUGCUAAAAAUAGCAAACAUACUUGGCAGUGCAGUGUUGUGUUCCCUUGUUGGAAGUCGAGUGUGUUCCGUGUCGUUUGUCCCCCUUCUCUUCCCAUACAGAUUGGAUGCUAAUCACAUGACCAGGCAGGGCUGCUGCUUCUGCAGCUGGUGUUGUCGAGCUGUCAAAAAAGAAGCUCCACUGCAAGCCACACAUUUUGUUGUUGGAUUAAUAUCGUCCAAUCACUCUCUCUGUCAUGAUGGAACUAUUAAGCUGUGAGUUGCACACCCCAUGAUAUGUGCAACACUGCAGGAGUCAUCUGCCUCGCAUCUCAUAUUCAGCAACACAGCCGAACGCUGUCAUGGCCUCAAGUUAUCCAUCCCCCUUUGAGGGCACAGGUGAAGUGAAGGAGGGCUUUCUGUGCCCGCUGUGCCUGAAGGACCUGCAAUCAUUUUACCAACUCCAAGACCACUAUGAAGAGGAGCACUCUGGGGAUGACCGCCAUGUGAGGGGACAGCUCAAAAGUCUGGUUCAGAAGGCAAAGAAAGCCAAGGACAAGCUGCUGAAGAGGGAUGGAGAUGACAGGCCGGAUACAGGCAGUUAUGAGUCUUUCUAUUACGGGGGAGUGGACCCCUACAUGUGGGAGCCUCAAGAACUGGGAGCAACAAGGAGUCAUGUGGAUUUCUUUAAAAAACACCGGGCAGCCAGGAUAGAUCACUAUGUCAUCGAAGUCAAUAAGCUCAUCAUCAGACUGGAAAAGCUGACAUCAUUUGACAGGAUCAACUCAGAUGCAGCUAGAAUCAGAGCUAUCGAGAAGUCAGUUGUGUCGUGGGUAAAUGACUCGGAUGUCCCGUUCUGUCCUGACUGUGGAAACAAGUUCAACAUCCGGAACAGACGACACCACUGUCGUCUCUGUGGGUCCAUCAUGUGCAGGAGGUGCAUGGAGUUUGUCCCUUUACCUUUGGCCCAAAAGCUGAUCAGUGGAACAAGAGAUGCACUGAGCGUACCUGGAAGCCCCGGUCACUCCCAGUCUCCUCCAGCAGUAGGCGGCGGUGGGAUGGGCUCCAGGAGAGGCAGCAUCAGCAGCCUGAGCAGUGUCACCUCUAUGCUGGAGGAAAAGGAUGAUGAGAAGAUUCGCUGCUGUCACCACUGUAUGGACACACUUCUGAAGAGGCAGCAGAAGUUAGAAGAGAAGGAUCACGUCCCGGAUGUAGUGAAACUGUACGAGAGGCUGAGGAUGUGCAUGGAGAAGGUGGAUGAAAAGGCUCCAGAGUACAUCAGAAUGGCUGAGUCUCUCAAUGCCGGAGAAACCACGUACAACCUUGACACAGCUGGUGGACUGAGACUGGAAGUACAGAAGUACUAUGAACUCAUCGAUGCCCUUAGUAAGAAGAUUUUAACAUUAAAUACAAAAGAUGAUCCCCCGCCGCGUCCGAAAGCCCUCCAGCUGCAGAAGAUGGUUCGCUAUACAGCCACACUAUUCGUCCAGGAGAAGUUGUUAGGUCUCAUGUCUCUACCCACGAAGGACAAAUAUGAAGAGCUGAAAGAAAAGAGGAAACAAGAACAAGAGAAGAGACUCCAACAAGAAAGACUGGCAGCCCAGGAGGCCCAGAAGAGGAGGCAGGAGUCUGAGCGUUUCCGUCCAUCUCCAAACACAAAUGGAGAAAUGCCGCAGGCCCCCAGACCGCCACGCAUGACAAAAGCUGGUGGUUGGCUUCCCUCCGCAGACUCUGCACAUGUACGCACAGAGCUGGAAGACCCCCUCCUGCAGCAGAUAGGGAACAUUCAGUCAUUCCUUCGUCAGGCGCGGGAGGCCCAGAGGGCGGAUGAGGUAGCUAUGUUGGAGGAGAACUUGCGUCAGCUGCAGGAUGAGUACGACCAGCAGCAGACCAGCCUGGCCAUCACGCUCUCCCAGAAGCUGGCUGAAGAAGAGAGCUUGCAGCAGGGGGAGUUCCAACGUCUGGAAGCCAAAGAAAGGGAGGAGAUGGAGCAAUGGGGCCCCGCUGUGGGCUCCACCAUGCCAACUACCUGGGAGAGGUCUCUGGAUAUCAGUCCAACAGCUGGCUUCCAAGGAGAAGAAGAAGAAGACACUGCAGAAGAGGAGCUGACUCCUAAAGCUGAGAGGAGUCCCUCCUCUCUAAGAGCAUUCCCUGCACUCACAGGCCAGGAGGAGUCACCUCCCAGGUUGAGGAGCUUAGGGGGGCAUGUAACCCCCCCUGGUGCUGAAGGACAGAACAGCACUUCCCUUAACCCUUUUGAUGAGGAGGAAUCCACUCCAGUUGAGGAGGAUCCAUCCAACCCCUUCUCUGAGGACAUCAAGAGGGAGCACAAAGAGGAAACAAAUGGAAAGAAAGAAUACAACCCAUUUGAAGAAGAAGGUGGCGUAGAGGAAGAGAAACAGGGUGAUGCUGCACCUAGCAACCCCUUUGAAGAGGAGGAGGAGACUGACGCAGGGAACCCUUUCCUGGAGGCUUCUGGGAAUUCUCCAGAAGCCUCAAACAACCCGUUUGACGGGGAGGAGGAUGAUGAGGCUUUGCCGGACGUGGACAUGAUAGAGGAGGAACUGCUGCUGCAGCAGAUUGACAACAUUAGGGCGUACAUAUUUGAUGCGAAGCUCAGCAGUCGUUUGGAUGAGGUGGAGCUCCUGUCAGAGAACCUCAGAGAGCUACAGCACACCUUACAGGAACAGAAGAAAAAAAAGCACUGACACCUUUCCUACAGAGUCCCCCCAACCCCCACCCCCCACCCCACUACACCGUUAACAACAUGCUACUUACCAAGUCCUGUAAGACUAGCUCACUUUUCAUGACUAAUGAGCCCACUGAUUCAAAUCUGGGUGAGGUCAGCUGCAACACAAAAUGAUCAGUUUCGACCCAAAGUCAAUGUUUCAGAGACCUUUACUGAAUUAUUGGAAAACAAAUCUCGCUCAAACCACUUAUUCUGUACAGGAUUGCAGAGAGCUGGUAUAUAUCCCAGCAUGCACAAUUUUGAGCACUGCAAGUGAAAACCAGUUUGUACUGAGCAGGCAUGUUGCCAAAUUUAUGAACCCUUUUGGACUUGUGUAAACAUAAACAACUAGAUAGAACAAUGCCACUUCAAUGUUUUUUAUGGAACAGUCAGUUGGUUGUUGAGUUUGGGUCUUUUGGAAGUCAGGACAUUGAUUGUGAUUUUGCUCUCUGGAAGGAGCUAUGAUCAAAGUUGAAAUGUAACUAAUGUAAAACUAAUAGGAGCUUUGAAGCAGUGGCGGCACAUUUUUAAACCUGUGUAUCAAUAAUGGAUCGUUUUUAGGGAACCUCAACACAUUUAUAAUGCACUCCCAUACAAAUGCAGGACUCACAAAGAUCAGAUCAGCACAGCAGAAUCAGAGAUGGUCCUCUGUAUUUCAGGCAUUGCUCUUCCUUACCAAACCUGGUGUCUUCAUCCACCGCUAUGGAAACAGAUUGAUGAUUGAUAUUAUCCUCUUAGCGCAUCAUGUAAUCCCACUAAAGAUAUUUUUACCCUUAUUUACAAACUGACAAUUCUCAGCUGACUUGAUUUACGGCACAACUACGUACUACAGACCCACAACAGUCCAACAACCUUGUUCCCAUACACUGCAGGACUCCAUGUAGACCUGCACACAGGCUUUGUUGAGUAAGUAAGUAAGUAGUUUGCUUCUAAUUCCAACGAUACUGUUUGACGGCCAAAUUCCACCAGAUACGUCUCCGAUCUGUCACGGCACCGGAUCUGAUAGGUUUCUAUUCUAGUCAAUCUGUUAACUUCCACUGGAUCUGCUCCGUUGCGUUCUGGCUGCGUCUUUGAUCCGGCAGGUCGGAACGCAACAGAUACGCUACGCAAGACUUCUAUUUUAGCCGGAUGCUAGAGCACGACGCAUUUAUCUCAACAGAGCAGAUGGAGCGGAACAGGAAGUCAGGCACCAAAACAAAAUGAAAACAUCCGGAUUUAUUUUCAGAAUAUAACACUCUGUGUUAUUGUUAGAUCAUUUUUAACUUAACUAUGACAACAAAAUGUUAUUUAGAGCGGAGCCAGUUCUGGAGUCAGCAGGUCAGAGGUUUUCAGAGACUGAUAAAGACAACAUGGAUGAGGAGAGGAGGAGGAGAAUCCUUGAUUCAUUGAUUGCCACGGAAAACCUCGGUCACUUGACUCCAGCUGACUGGCGGUCCUGCUCCGUGCUGCGUUCUGAUAACGCAACCGGUGGGUGUUGACGGACAAAAGAGCACAGAGCUGGACCGCAGUGGAUCGGAGGCUGACGGACUGGACACAGAUCUGGUGGAAGUCCUGUGUAAUUUUGACACCUUUAUAUGUGUGAAUAGAAGUUUUUACUGCUCAUUGACUCUAUUACUACUCCAUACAGGCCACUAACAGCAUUCAGACACAAUAACCAUCUGAGAAAUCAAAGAGAAACAAUGGAGGUCUAAAUUUAACCACACUUGAAUAAUUAACUCAGUCACAUGACUUGCAUUACUUGUGGAGCUUGUGUCUGUUGAUUGAGAGCUAGAAAGGAGAUUAAAGGCACAUUACACUGAUUUAAGCCAUUCGUGUUGCCCGUUAUGUAACCUUCAUCAAUGUAGACUGUUAUGAAUUUAUUACAUAGAAAUCCUUUAAUCUUGAAUCACUGUUAACAACCAAGUUUAUCUUCGAUGCCAUGCCGAUGACAGCAGUUGAACAGUGUCUGUUUUUAUAGAGCUUUAUUAUGAUUCAGUAAAAGUUGCUUUAGGAUAACCUUUCUCUGUCUCAUCUGCACGAUUCAGAUCAAAAUAUUCAAGUCAUUUGAGCUAUCUUAGUUGAUGAAUCUGUUUGUUGUGCAUCUUGUCAGGUUGUAAUUGAGAGGUUUUUAUAAUGAUGCCACAGUAAGCAAAACCAUGCCCUGCUGUGAAGCCCCUAAAGGUUGUGAUCUAAUUGUUUACAGUGGCACUACUGACCUAAUAGAGCACUUGUGUUGCAUGAUUCAUGUGUCUGUACUGAGGUGCUGUCUGAAGCUGGUCUUUAUUUUUAACAGGUGACCUAAUGUUUCCCCACCCCUUCUUUUUUUUUUACACGUUUGGACAAAAUCUGAUAGAGCUUCUUCCAUGCUGUAAGACAAUAUCUGUAUGAACCCUGUUCAGUAGUCAUCUGCCCAGGAGUCACCACCGACAUACACAACACUAUUUGCCAUGGCACAUUAUCGCCAACCUAAAAUCAACUCAUAAUAACACACCCCAAACUUGCUCAAAUCUUGUGUGUACAGAUGCUUUUCCGUAUUUGCAAAGAUCAACUAAGGUCAAAGCAACAUUUGAGUCAAGUUUGUUUUUUUCAGCUUAAUUUACACUAAAAAAAUACCAGCAAGUAUUAUCACUAACAGUGCUGCUAAGUCCAGGCAUAAAUUUGUCUUAAGUUCUCUUCAGUGAUAUUAACAGUGUUUGGUGAAGUUGAUCUCACAGUGCUUAUUUUUGACUUCCACGUCCAAUUUAAAGCAAAACAUGCAACACUGUAAAUGUUUUGACUUGUUGAAAUUACUGGAGGAGCUUC